AGCAGCCCUUAUUGGACAACAAAGUUCGUAGCUAGUGCACUUGGAUCGUUCGCAUUCUCUUUUUCUUUUCAUUGUUCUCCCUCAUUUCCCUCCCGAGUCCUAACCCUUUUCCAACAUCUCACCCGCCCGCCGCCCCUUCUUACGAAUCCGAACCCGCUUCAACACUGACUGGACUUCCACUCCCACGGAAUCCACGGUGUAAACCGCACUCCACCACAAAUUCCAACCAACGGUGAACCUGAACACACCCCUUGUCCACCCUUGCCCCGUGCCGGCAUUAUCGCGCGCGCCGGCCAUGGAGAAGCGUACAAGGCGCCUCGGUCACAAGAAAUCGAGGAACGGAUGCCAGCGCUGUAAAGCACGUCGCGUCAAGUGUGACGAGGAACGCCCGUGUCAGAAGUGUGUUGCCCAUGGUGCACACUGCAGUCUCCUCGAUCGUCCCGCAUCGGUAACGGCGCCUCUCACGCCACCCGCCGCAGCCAAGCUCGCUCAACAUGAGCAGCGAUACGCACCCAUUCAGGCAGCGGCGGCGGCGACGACUUCGUCAACUUCGUCUUCGAAGCUGUCAAGCCAUGGCAUGCAAGAAGCGGCGAGUGAAGCAGGUCUCACCCCCAACACUGCAGUGAGCAGCACUUCUCCCUAUCCCGGGGGUGAAGCGGCGCCAGACCCUCGCAACCCCGCCACAGAUCCCUGGGAUCUCUCGGAGGAUUGGCUACAGAGUUUACGCCUGAUGCACCACUACAGCACCAGUACCCGGCACGUCCUGCCAAAGGAUGCCUGUACCGAAGAACUCUGGAAGACGGCUAUACCCGAGAUGGCUUGCUCUCACAAAUUCCUCAUGCAUGGCCUAUUGGCCUUGUCCGCCCUCCACUACGCCCAUGUCCACCCACAGGAGCGGAAAAAGUACGACAUCAUCUCUGUGAACCACCAGAACGAGGCGCUGCGCUUCUUCGCCCUCCGUCUAAACGACAUCAACAAGGACAACUGCGAGGCCUACUUCUUCCUAGCGACGCUCAUCUUUAUCGUAAGCAUCUGCUCCGUCGCACACAGCGAGAGCUUUGGUAGGUCCAUCGCCCUCAGCGACGUCUCGCAGUCCUUCUCGCUCCUCCACGGCGUCAAGGGCAUCCUCGACUUCCAGCCCAUCGAAGCCUGGAGGCAGCGCGGGGGUCCCCUCGACGGCCUGCUGCGCCCACCCGUACUAACGCAGGGCGGCUGGGUGUCGACGUCGGCCUUCCAGAAGCGUCUCGACGCCAUCACCUCACUGGCGAGAGAAGUGCCCGCGUCCUUCACCGACGUCAUCAACCCGCAGUCCGUCUGCGUGUUGGCGCUCGAGGGCCUGCGGAGGGCGCACCAGAUGAGCAGGGGCGAGGGGGAGAAGCCCGGCGGGGUGUGGGGCUGGUCGGCUACCCUGCCCGCCAUGUUCAUCGACAUGGUUGCCAGCGGGCAUCCUACGGCGCUCGUCAUCCUGGCGCACUAUGCCGCGCUGGCGAAGCCGUGUGAGAAGGCCGACUGGCUUUGCGACGGGUGGAGCGGCGCGGUGAUGCGCUUGAUUGAGAGGACGUUGGAGGAUGAGUGGAAGCCGUGGAUCGAGUGGCCGAAGCGCAGCGUCUUUGAGAGGAUUGACGUUGAUGAUAUGGAAGUUUGAAUUGAUACCCCAAUCGCUAAAAUUUCGUCUACAACAAAUCCCUGAAAAUGAAUAUCAAAAAAGUGGCCAAUUCCAGAGUCAUCAUCAAGAUCAUCGGCGCUAUGUACAUUGGAUGCUGCCAUUUUCAAGAUGACUUUUCUGUCAAGGAGUCCCGAAGAAGCAGACAGGGUGGCCCAUGGCUUCAAAGUAAAUCGCUCGUUACUCCGCACUCUUCUGGGUUGAAAGCAACGUGUUGCUGCAAAAAGUCGAUUCCCCUCAAGUCUCGUAUCCGUAUCCGUAUCACAACUUUCGCU